AUGCCAGGUGUUUCCGUUAGAGACGUUCCAGCUCAAGAGUUCAUCAACGCUUACGCUUCUUUCUUGCAAAGACAAGGUAAGUUGGAGGUCCCCGGUUACGUUGACAUUGUCAAGACCUCCGCCGGCAACGAGAUGCCACCACAGGACUCCGAGGGCUGGUUCUACAAGAGAGCCGCCUCUGUGGCCAGACACAUCUACUUGAGAAAGCAGGUUGGUGUUGGUAAGUUGAACAAGUUGUACGGUGGUGCUAAGAACAGAGGUGUCAGACCACACAAGCACGUCGACGCUUCUGGUUCUAUCAACAGAAGAGUCUUGCAGGCUUUGGAGAAGAUUGGCGUCGUUGAGAUCUCUCCAAAGGGUGGCAGAAGAAUCUCUGAGAACGGUCAGAGAGACUUGGACCGUAUUGCUGCCCAAACUUUGGAAGAAGACGAAGAAUAA